GUAAAAAACACAAAUAUUGAGAGAUAAAGGAACCAGAUUCCCUUAUAUAUGUUGUAUUGUAUAUCAAUAGAGAAAUAAUCAGUUAGGAUGGUUUCGAAAGUACUACAACUGAUAAUUGUUCUAGUAUGGAUGACACAUAGUGUACACAGUUGUUCGUGUGCUGGUGUUAAGCACCCACAAGAUAAAUUCUGCAAGGCUGGACAUGUUUUCUAUGGCAAAGUUAUCAAGGAGAAACUUAUACCAGGUCCAGCUAAUGAUGUUAACAAUAAUGACGCGAUUUGGGAAUAUACCUUUAAAAUUAUUUUCAAAAUGAAAGGAGUGAGCGAAGGAGUUGGACAAAAUAUUGUUAUAGAGACAGCAGGAAAUGGUGCGCUCUGCGGAGUACGCUUUAAUGUCGGAAAGUCGUAUAUCUUAAUGGGUGCAAAAAAACCUGAUGGAACGAAAACCAUAGCUUCGUGUGAUUUCAUCAGUCAACUCAGCAAUCUGUCACCAUAUCAAUCGUUUUACCUGUUUACAAGAGGUUCUUAUUCAUACAGACGUAAUUGUAAAAAAAGAUGCAAAAUUAGUCCGGACUCAAAAGAUUGCAAAUAUGAUCCUUUCAAUACAAAUGACGGUACCAUCUGCCUUGCCAAGAAGGCAUUGUGCCGAAGAGAAGGAUGGCAGUGCCGCUGGGUUAAUAAUGGAACAUGUUAACGUGCUUAUUUCAUCAACACGCGGACCUCAAUGGCUGACUGAAUGCACUUGCAAUAAUUAAAUU